UCUGUUGUAGUUUGCCUGUGACUGGCUCUAAUUGUUGUUGUCUCACUUUUGUGCAUAUUAUUUCUUCAUGGCUAUAAUAUGCAGAACUCCAAGGCUAAAACAAUGGAGUUCAAAACAAAAUUCAUGGAUCUGCUUCACAAGCAGACAAAUCGUCAAAUGAAAAUUCCAGCAAUGGGGUUUUCGGAUUACUUUGUGCAAUCGGUCACAAAGGAUGCGGAAACCCACAGUACAACAGUUCAUCAGGUUACCGAUAAUGAGGCGGAUGCGGAUGCCGCCCCCUCAUCAUCUUCAAAUGCACAAAAGUCGGACCAGGAAAUACUGGAGAGUAUUGAACAAUGUUAUUACUCCACAGAGAGUGAUGCCAGUUUGAUUGAGCUGAAAAAUGUUCUCCAAUCUGGGAUCGAUCAGGAGCUCAUUGAGCUAACCAUAGCUCAGUUGCGCACUCAACAGAAGGUCCUAACUAAGCAAGUGUUACAGAAUAUAUUGGAGCAGCGGAAUGCCUGCAGCAGUGAAUUCGCUUCCAUCAAUGAGACUCAAAAGAAGCUUGAGGAAGCUCUGUGGACAUGCCAAAAGGCACGCUCCUAUUUGAAUUAUGCACGCACAAAUCUAACUACAACUAGCCUGGAAAUUUUGGCCAGCUAUCGCAAACGGGAAGUACUAAAAGAGGUCUUAGACACACUGAUAGCUAUCAAGAAAUUGCGCACAACCGAUGUGGAAUUGCAAAAAUUGCUAGAGGAUCAUAAUUACAGUGCAGCGACUGCUCUCCUCUUGCAGUGUAAAAGUUCCGCCGAAGCCUUUAUGCAAUAUAAUUGCGUGCAAUCGCUCUACAAGAAACUACAGGAGACCAUGCUAAUGAUGGAAUUCCAAUUGGACACAGUGCUUAAUGAGAUGGUUUUGCAAUUUGAUUCACGCAAGUACUCCAAAUUGCAAGAGGCGUACAAAUUGGCCAAUAAAUCAUUAAUGGCCAUGGAUCAAUUGCAUAUCAACUAUAUUUCGGCAAUACAUUCGUCGGUGAAUGGCGUUCUUCGGGGCUACAAUGAUCCCUUAAGUGGUGGUCAGGAUGAGCAGCCCAUGAAACUGCUCUAUGAACAACUGUGCGAGCAAGUUCAACCCGAAAAGUUGAUACCAUGUCUGAUUAGUCUCUGUAAGACAUUUUGGACCAUUUUGGCUUCAUAUUAUCAGGUGGUGAUGUGGCAUAAUAACUACAAAUUGUAUCCUGAUCAUGAUGUGGACUCACCCGAUAUUGAUAUACAACAAAAAUUGAAGAAGGGUCAAUCACGCAUAUGGAAUGAUAUAUUGAAUAAAGUUUGCCUAUUUCUGCAAAGCGCCAAAUUGACAUCUCUGAAGUACGAUCAGUUUAUCCAAGUUCUGUCUAUAGUACAGCGACUGAAGAAGGUGGGAUUAGAAUUCUGUGGCGAGCAAUCGGAGAAACUAAUUGAGACAAUGCAAAAGCAGAGCGAGGAAUUCUUUAGACGCUAUCACAUCUGCUGUGUGGAGGAGAUUUGCUUAUUUUUGGACAAUGAAUCUUGGACAGCUCUAGACUCUUUUGCCCACAUUCUACAAUUGCCAGAAUUUCGCUCUGUGCGCCAUACGCUGCGUCGUCACAAGUCGCCAACAACAGCUUUGUUGGCUUCGUCAUCGAAUAAUUCCCCCAUUAGCAAUAAUAAUUGCGAUGAGCUUGUCUCUGUUCAUUCUCAAGAUGGGGGCAGCUCUAUUUAUGGUUCCUAUGGUUAUUUUUUACGCUUCUCUGAAAAGAGUUCACCAUUUGACGGUGGCCUUGAUGCAAAUAUGUUGGAGGAGGACAUUCUUUCGGGCAUUGUGGAUGAGGCAUCAUGUUAUUUUAGUGAGGAAAGUGAUGAUGAUCAAAAGUUGAGUCUGCAAAGCAAAGAAUUUGACGAUCAAGUCAGCAACCAACUGCUGGUAAAUAAUACUGCCUUGAAUGUUUUGCGCUGUAUUGGACGUUAUUUGCAGAUGUGCAAACUGUUACAUUGCAUCUCACCGAAAAUUGUCUCUUGCAUGCUGGAGUUGAUUGAUUUUUAUGCCUAUGCAGUGCAUGAGAUCUUUGGGAAAGAUGCGUUGGUGCCUACGGAUAAUUUGUAUACUCCACGUCUGGAGCAACGUCUGCGUUCAGUUGAGACCAAUGUUCUACCACUAAUCAAACUAUGGCCUCUUAAUUUCUCAUCUUUGGCCAACAACGAGCUAGCCAAUCCGGACACACUCUAUGGUCUACCUCAGCGUAUUGUAGCUGUAGAGGCGGGUCGCAGCAUGCUUCAGCAAUUUCAUAUAUUACAACAUUAUUUAAAUCAUUUACUGCCCUCUGGAGAGCGUUCAUUGCUAAAUAAUUAUCUAGAGUAUAAUGAAUUUAUGCUGGAUCUGGCCAAGCCUGUUUAUACAUGCGUCACCUCACGCGUCAUUGAUCUGUCGGCUAUAUUGGCUCAAAUGGCUAAGGUCAAAUGGGAUGUGAAUCAUGUUAUACAUCAGCAUAGCAGCUAUAGUGAUGUCUUAAACAGGAAUAUACAGAGCUUUGCGAUGUGCCUGGAAGAAAUUACCAAGGAGGUGCCCAUACCUAAACAGGUGUGGAAUUCCAUGGCCCAUGUGGCCACACAUUUGCUGGUGGAAGGUUUCGCCAAUGUCAAGAAAUGCUCUGCAGGCGGAAGAGCUUUAAUGCAAUUGGAUUUUGCCAAUUUUAUGUCAUUCCUUGAGCUAAUUUCUAAUCAAAAAUAUUCCCAGCAUCGUUGCUAUGUGGAUGUGUUUAUCAAAACCUAUUAUUACUCGCCCGAACAAUUUGAACAAUGGAUUGAUCAGCAGCGUCAGGAUGUGGAAUAUUCCCCAAAGCAAUUAACGAAUCUGAUUCAAUGUAUUUGUGUCAGUGAUAAGCGCACACGACAGCGCUUGCUUCAGUUGGUGGAAAAUGGAGCAAGUUCUGGAGGAAAUAAUGGUGGAACGCCCAGUACAACACCUCACAAGCAUAGCUCCAGUACUUCUUUACACUCCAAUCUGAGCAGUGUUAUUUAAAAGCGAAAAACCCUAUGGAAAUUAUUUUUAUCUGUUUUUUUUAUUUUUUUGAAAUUCUAAUUUAUUACUUUAUUGUUUGUUACCCUUUUGUAAUAGCCGAAUAUUGUGACAUUCUAUAUAUUUAUACAAUGAGUAUUGUACAUUCCCCCCAAAUUAGUGCAAAUUUAACCAUUAGUUUAUUUAAGUUGGAUUAUAAGUUAGUUAAACCUAAGCGAUCUCCAUGAUGUACUUUGUCUUGAAUUAAUUUGAAUCUCUCUGCACGUCCCCCUCCCCUCUUCCUCACUCAAAUAUCUCAAAUGGAAUUUGCUCUCUA